UGAUUUUGUAAAUUGCUAAAUGCCAUAAUAAUGAAUGAGUUGCUCAAUUUUAUUGAAGUGUUGAAAUAGACAAGUCAACUCAUUAUUUUGUCUUUAACAAUCUGUUUGUAUAAUUUACGGGAGUGGAAUAAAAUAGAAUGUAAAGAUAUAAACUAAAUUAAGUGUGGAAAUUCAUAAGAAACAAACAAGUCAUAACAUGAAAAUUCACUCACCAGAUUAUAAAUAGCAACACUCAUACAUAAUUUUCUUAUCUCUAACUUUCAAAUCUAGCAUUCCUCUUCCAUUUCCACUUCAAAAUUUCUUCAACAAAAUGGGGUUUCUGUUAUGGCUUGCUCACUUUCUAUGCUUCUUCUUGUUUCACUUUCAUUUUCAAGCUUCUCCUUGUAUAUGUUUGUCUCUCAAUUCUUCUUCUUCAGCAAUGUUGUGCCAACAAGGCCAGAGUCUUGCCUUGCUCCAAUUGAAGGAUGCCUUAUACAUGAUAAGUGCACCCUCUUCCAGCAAUUCUCUUUCUCCCAAGACAGAUUCCUGGAAACAAGGCACAGAUUGCUGCAAGUGGGAUGGUGUCUCUUGUGAUAACACAACUGGUAAUGUAAUUAGCCUUGAUCUUUCUUACAAUGAUUUUAACAACUCUCAACUCUCUUUCAAUAAUUUUAGUGAUCAAUUUCCAUCUUCAAUUGAAAAUCUUCAGGAGCUCUCUUCAUUGUAUCUCUCUAAUAGUAAUUUUAAUGGUCAAGUUCCAUUUUCACUCGGAAAUCUUAAGAAACUUACUGUAUUAGAUCUUUCUCAUAACAAUUUCAGUGGUCAAAUUCCAUCUUCAUUUGAAAAUCUUCAAGAGCUUUCUUCAUUAUACCUUUCUAAUAACAAUUUCAGUGGUCAAGUUCCAUAUUUUCUUGGAAAUCUUAGCAAACUCACUAUGUUGGACCUCUCUCAUAACAAUUUUAAUGAUGAAAUUCCAUCUUCAUUUGGAAAUCUUCAAGAGCUCUCUUCAUUGUACCUUUCCACCAAUAAUUUCAAUGGUCAAGUCCCAUAUUCAUUUGGAAAUCUUAAGAAUCUCACCGUGUUAGACCUCUCUGAUAACAAUUUUAGUGGUCAAAUUCCAUCUUCUCUUGGAAAUCUUCGGGAUCUCUCUUCUUUAUACCUAAAUUUUAAUAAUUUCAUUGGGCAAAUUCCAUCUUCACUUGAAAAUCUUACGGAACUCUCCAUGUUGGAUCUCUCUCAUAAUAAUUUGAGUGAUCUAAAUCCAUCUUUUCUUGUAAAUCUUAAGAAUCUCACCUCAUUGUACCUCAAUUAUAACAAUUUCAGUGAUCAAAUUCCGCCGUCACUUGGAAGCCUUUCGCAACUCCGUAAAUUGGACCUCUCUUAUAAUAAUUUCAGCAGUCAGAUUCCAUCUUCUCUUGAAAACCUUAAGCAACUCACUUCCUUGUAUCUCAAUAAUAACAAUUUCAAUGGUCAAAUUCCAUCAUCACUUGGAAGCCUAAUGCGACUAUCAGCAUUGGACGUCUCCUUCAACAAUUUCAAUGGCCAGAUUCCUUCCUCAUUUGCAAAUCUUACACGGAUUUAUUAUUUGAGAAUGGGAAACAACAAUCUCAACGGUCAAAUUCCAGGUUCACUUUUUGAAUAUAAUCAAUUGACUUACAUUGAUUUGAGAAAUAACAAAUUUGAAGGUCCAAUUCCAAAUUCUGUUUUCAAACGUGCAAAUUUAAGUGUUCUUAUCUUUUCAUCCAACAAUCUGAUCGGAGAAGUCCCUUCUACAAUUUGCAAUCUCAAGGUUCUCCAAAUUAUUGACUUGUCAAACAAUAGUUUGAAUGGCUUCAUUCCACAAUGCUUGGGAAAUUUCACCAACAGCCUUUCAGUAUUGCAUUUGGGCAUGAACAAUUUCCACGGAACCAUCCCUGAAGUGUUUUCAGUUGGCAACAGCUUGAGGUAUUUGAACUUCAAUGGCAACCAAUUGCAGAAGACAAUCCCAUCAUCCAUCUCUAAUUGCAAGGAUCUGCAAAUUUUAGAUCUUGGCAACAAUGUCAUAAAUGACACAUUCCCCCAUUUUUUGGGCACUCUUCCAAAGUUGCAAGUUCUAGUGCUGCAAUCUAAUAAGCUCCACGGUUUGGUGAAUGAUUCCUCUGCCAAUUAUUCGUUCUCAAUGCUAAGAAUUUUUGACCUUUCCAAUAACAUGUUCAGUGGACCUUUGCCUGCAGAGUAUUUCAACAGUUUCAAAGCAAUGAUGAAUUUUGAUGUGAAAAUGGGAUACAUGGGAGAGCCAAACAUUGCUUAUGAUUAUUCUGUGAGUCUGACAGUCAAAGGAUUAGAGAUUGUUUUGGUGAAAAUCCAAACACUUCUGACAACCAUUGAUUUGUCAAGCAAUGAAUUCUCAGGGAUAAUCCCACAAACAAUUGGAGGGCUUAAAUCACUUAAGCUACUCAACUUAUCACACAAUCAACUCACAGGCAAUAUUCAACCAUCACUGGGGGAAUUAUCCAAUUUGGAGUCACUAGACCUCUCUUCAAAUCUUCUUACUGGAAGGAUUCCUGUACAAUUAGCAGAUUUGACAUUUCUACAAGUAUUUCGAGUUUCAGACAACAAACUUGAAGGACCCAUACCUCAAGGAAAUCAGUUCAACACAUUUGAUAGCAGUUCAUAUGAAGGAAACUUGGGAUUGUGUGGAUUUCCAUUAGAAAAAUGUGACAAUGGGGAGAGGCAACAACAGCCAACAACAUCAGAAUCUGAGUCUGAGAAUGGAUUUGGAUGGAAGCAAGUAUUAUUAGGGUAUGGAUGUGGAGUUUUAUUUGGUAUUACAAUGGGUUAUGUUGUAUUUAAAACAAGAAGGCCUGCAUGGUUUGUGAUGAUGGUUGAAGGGUAUCAAAAGUCAAGAAGAUACAAAAAAAAUAAUUAAACAACCGACUAUUUGUCAAUAAAUAUUUUAG